AUGGCAAGUCGAAAACGGUGGAGUGAUAUCAAUCGGAUCUGCGAGGUGAUACACAGUUUGCAGAAAUCCCUGGAAUGCACGAUUUGUUUGGAGCUCCUGACAGAACCUAUCAAGACUCGAUGUGGUCAUUCAUUCUGUAAGAUUUGUAUAGGAAAUGUCUUACAGAUGGAAAAUGCUUCUUGUCCUCUGUGCAAGCAGAGUAUUAAUAGACGCAGCAUUUCCAAGGAUGAUAAUCAGCAAAAGUACAUCCAGAUGUUGAAAAAUCUUGUCAUUGCCAUCCAGAACGAUACUGACAUCGAUUAUUCUCAAUUACUAUCGUACUCGAAGAAGUCCUACAAUACGAAGGAAAGCUGCUCUUAUUCGGAUUCUAAAGAGUCUAGCAAAAAUUCUACCAAAGAAAAAUCUAAGGAAAAGAAGUCUAGUUGUCAAUCGAAUCAAAAUACAAACAUGCAAAUCGACAAACCGUCAACAAGCCGUGAAACAAUGAUUGAUCGUGGUAAUUCGCGACGCGAUUUAAACGUGUCAAACAAGAAGCCUGAAACUUCACUGAACCCCUACUCUGGCAACGAUGAAACCCGCAUCACACCGGAUGUCAAAAUUCGAACGUGGCUACAUCAUUUGCCUGAUAACCUAAGUGCCAAUGAACUGAAUAUUGAUGAUUCGAGUGUGGGAAAGCAAAUAUCAUCGAUUGAAGAUGAAGCUAGGUCAAUCUCAAUAUCUGAUAACAAUGGAAAAUCUGACAAGAUCGUUAAAAAGGACUGCAAUAGGAUUAACGCAAAGCGCCAGUCAAAUCGAAAUAGAAAACAAAGUACAGAUUGCUCACAGAAUAUCGACGAAGACAACGCGUUGUCCCAAGUGAAUAAAGGGGCGAGCCAAAUUGACAAAGUAAUAGAGCUCGAUUCCACUUCGAGCAAAUUGAAAUACAAGACGCUUCACGAUAAAAUACACGCGAAGGAAAAUCGUGAGAAAAAUGCGAAGACGACUAUCGAGACUGACCAUCAAAAUAGUUCGUCGUAUUGGACGGCGCACGAUUCAAGAGCGGCAUCUACGCCUUUGUGUCUGGAUACGAGGAGCACAUCUGCAACUAGCGAAUGCUCCACCACAAACUGGUUCCCUGUGAUCGAGUUUCAGAAAGAGAUGAAACGCGCGAACAAGAAAAAGGUAAAGAAACUGAACGUGAGCAUCGAGAAAAAUAAGAAUCUACCCCGGAUAAUCGAGGACAUUGUACUAUCACCGAGUAGCAAAUACGAUUCGAUUAGAGUUGCAGUAGAUCAUAAAAAAAGCGAAAAAGAGACGAACAUAUUGCCGGAGUCGAGCGGUCGGAAACAGGGUACGAUCGAUAAGAAUUUAUCAAACGUAAAAGUGAAAGCGUUAAAUGACACGAACAAUCAGAUGGAAUUAGUUGACAAGGAUGAGGCCAACACAACGUAUGUUACAUUGGAGGAAGGCAGACAAACAAUAAACCUAAAUAUCGAUAAAAUAAACGAAAUUAUCAGCCUUGAUAACGCCACGGAAGCUCGAGAUCACAAGAAAAAUGUCGCUGAUUAUAGUGAUUCAUCACUGUCGCAGCAAAAAAGAUUAACCGUCACGCUAGAGAAAUUAAACGAAUCUGUAUCGCAAACUUUUACCAACAACUCUGAAACUUCGUCCUACUUGUCGGCCGAAAAACGAACUCUCAAGUCUCGAGAGAACAGUAAUGUUCAGGAGACAUUGAGUGGAGCUGCAUCUUUUCAAUUACAAUCUUCAACACCAAUCAAGGGUAGGUUAUCUUUGAAAAAAAAGAAAAUUGUUAAUGAGAAGUCGCCGCUUUUAAGCGAACUUCCGCUGUCAUUGAGAUGUUCGAUUAACGAAGAUAAUGUCGAUGACCGCAAGAACGUUAAUUCGUCAGUACCAAAGCAUGACAACAAGCUGUUGGAUCGAUUGAAAGUUGUGAGUGGUGACUUGAACUUCAAAAUCCGCGAAAUUCAACAACGUACCCACUCGGAUACGAUAUCUGCCAGUACUUCAAAAGACAUAAUUGAAGUCGAAGAUAACAAUGAAAACGUUUGCAAAAUUGUUCAUCAAGACAAAAAGCUCAGGCACAAUGUUACUGCGGUAUCGAAAAAGUAUCUCUCGACAAAGUCAAAAAAUAUCGAGAAUCAAGGACAUCGAUUUCUCGCAAAAUUUAUACAAUUGGGUCCGUUAAAUAUUAGGCGGCAAAACGUCAAAUAUUUUUACGUAGCCGCGACCAAACGCGAACAGUUGAUGCCAGCAGAAGUUCGAGUUACGUCAGUGUGCAAUAUACAAAUCAGCAGGUCCGGCGAAAUGUAUGUAACAUCUCCUGAUCCGUUGAAUGAUUCGCAAAUUAUGUCAGAUAACAUCACCGUGGUAGAGAAUACUUGUUUCGCAAAUAAUUUAAAUUCGAAUGAAACAGUUUCGAAAGAAUUUCCCGCGUCACCGAUUUGUAUAUCUUCAGCGAUUUCGACGCCAAAAAAAAAUAUUGAUUCUCAUUUAAAUCAAACGAAGAACGCAGCGAUUGAACACCUUUUGUUAAACGCAAAUCAACAAUCGGAUAAAUCAAUCGAGAACGUCGUUGAGAAAAACGCGCAAUUUAUCGACAAGAACUCGUUUCACAGAACGAUCUCGCGUAUUCCUCUAAAAAAAUCUAUUAAACUGCUAUCACCGGAUAAAGAUUCGCAGUUGAAGUUUCUCACGAUAGACUCUCCAACGACCGAACGCGAGAAGUUGCGACAUACGAGUUCGAUUAAGUCCGUAAUCAAAGGAAACAACUUUUCUGAAACGAAAAAUUUACACCUCGAAAUGUCUACGAUCGACAAGGCGCAGGAACUUUUCAUCGAAAACUCCUGUAAGAAGAGGAAAAGAACGAGAUAUGCUAGUGACAGAGAGCUGUUUGAGGACGAAUCCAACGAUAGAAACGAUUUCUGUAAUUCAGACAGUGACAGCAGUCGAAGUACGAUAAAACUUGACAAAUACAACGAGUUAUGUAAGAAAGCAAGCUUGGAUCGUUUGGACGAACAUAAAAAACGUCGUUUGAGUUCCUCGGACGAUGAGGAUGUCGUGAUGAUCUCGUCGGUUUCUACAAAACAAGAUAUGCCCAAAAGAAAAUUCAAUGUGUCUAGCUCGGACGUAGACACAGAUUCGGAAUCGGAAUCGACGACACAUGUUGCGAAAAAUUUGAAAAGCGACAAUCAACGCGCUCAAAGGGAUGCAUCGAUUACGGAUUUGCCUACGAAACAAUGUUCGACUAAGCAAAAUUCGGAAGAUCUUAGUGUGCGGAAUAUAAUCGACAAAUCGAGCAACGACCACAAUACAAUGCAAACAAAGUUGAUGAAAGAAAGUAAAAACAGUCAGAAUAGUCUCAAAUCAAUAAAGAGCCGAUCCGGAGAAAACCCGGCAAGCCAUCAAUCGCCUCGCUCAAAUAAUGCACUCAACAUGGAGAAGAAGUCAACAAGCCAGAAAAGUUCCGCGAGAGAGUCGAAUUUGUUUGAGAGCAGUAGUUUCUUUAAUUCGGAAAAUGUUGAUUAUAUAUUACAGUCAUCAAUAAACGCGAACGAUACAUCAAAGAAGAUCGCGGAUUUUUCUAACGAUGACAUCAUAAACAGAGUACUGCGGAUCGAUCGGUCGCAGAGUAACACCGUUAGACGGCCAGAUUCUACUCCACGAAACGACAUCACGAGCCAAAGAGAAAAAGACAUCAGAGAAAAGGACAAUUUCGUUGAGAUCAUCGUCAACGUCGAACAGCCACAAAGCGAAGAUUUCAUACCUUGUUCUGAACAGCCAGAUCACCCGAAACAGAAAACGUCAAACUGUCUCGCAAUGACAGAUGAAUCGUGUGGCGUUAUACAGGAAACUCCGAUCAUGUCUCCAUCAUCGACAAACGACAUGUUCGAGCAGCAUUCUUCUGGAAACGUUAAGAAACUACUUGGAAAGAAAGCCGUUGCAAAAUUUCAAGAAACAUUCACGGAUUGGAUUACAAAAUAUUCUGACGAAGAGAACGUUGUCUAUAAUCAGAAAAGUCGUGGUUACGUGGAUGACCGACGAGACAGAAAAGAUUCAAUGACAAACGUCGAUGCGUUUGACAAGGACUCCCGUAAGAUCGUAUCGAAGCAUAAUGUAUCGCGAGAGAAAGAAGAGUUCCUUGAAGAACGUAAUGUUUCAAUACAAUCGCCGGGUCGGCUUGACGUCAAUAACGAUAAAAUAAACGGAGCAACAGUUGCUGACAAUGAAUCAAUUUUAGGAGAUGAAACUUUCAAUGAUUCGCUUAUGAAUAUUACGGAACAUCAAGCUCGAUUACAAAUGUUUGAAAAGGAUCUAUUCGGUAUUGCGUCUCAAAAUCAAACAAAAGCGACAAAAACGAAUUCGCAGAAUGAUCCACAAAGGGAACAACGCACUCCAAAAAAGAGAAAGCAAACUACUCGGAAAAGAAAUGCGGAAUCAGAGGAAUGCUUCGUCGACGAAGACGACGUUGUGGAAAAUACUCCUGAGAAAAAGAUGAAGACUAGCGGAAACUCUAUUGUGGCGAACGAGUCAGAUGAAGAUAUGAAGCUAUCGUUCUUAACCCCGCUUUUGAAGACUGCCAAAUGGAUUCCGAAUACAUCAAAACAACAUGAAAUAGUUGAACUGAGGAGUGGCGCGAGUACACCUAAAAUGGACAAGAGAAAUGAGCGUGUAAGAAACGAUGAUGACAUUUAUAAGCAGGUGAACACAAAAAUGCUGAAGAACAUCCGUUGGCAAUGUGACAAGCGAGACCUGUGCUUCGUAUGCAGUGGAUUAUCGGCGAAUGAGAUUAGCACAGUAAAAGAAUUCGCGGCGAAACAUAACGCGAGUUACGUGAACCAAUUCGAUCACAAUGUGACACACGUUAUCCUGAAAACUGUCGGUGAACUGAACAUAGCGAAGAGCACGUUGAAGUAUGUGCAGGGUAUCGCCCACGGAAAGUGGCUAGUCAGCUAUAGAUGGAUCGAGGAUUGUAACAUGCAGCAAAAGCUGCUGGAUGAGGUUCCUUAUGAGGCAACCACACAAACUGAUCUUAUAUCUAGCGUCGCCGGACCUCGUAAUUCGAGAUUACGUGACAAGGAUCUCUUUGAAGGCUUCACGUUUCUGUGCAUCGAACCGUACGAUAACGUUUCACAGAACCAAUAUGAGGAUUUGUUACGUGCAACCGGAGCCACAGUGGUUAAUUCUUUCGACGCCCUCGCUAAGAAGGAAGGCCUAAAGGGUAUUGUGAUCCAAGACAAUAUACACGAUGACGAAACGAUCGAAUAUUGGCAUCGAAUUACUAAAGCAGCGCCCAUUAUCGUGGAUUGGAUAGUAGAAUGUAUUAGCCAAUACAAAUUAUUUAAAGUUACAUCCUACAGCCCAUGUCUUUCGUCGCAAGAUUUUUGUGCCCUCGGCUAUCCACGUGAACUCGUAGAAGAAGAUGAGGGGUACAGUGAUAACGAAUAG